AUGAAAGCAAAUAUGACGAGCUUUUUGUCCGCAAAUGUUCGUCAUAUGAUAGUAGAGCUCGAUAGAGAAUUUGAAGAGUCUUUAUCUAAGACUGAGAUUUGCAGAGGAUUUGGCUCUGAUGGCGAAAUUCUAGUUGAGUUAGCUCGUCUCGGAGGAACAAACAGAAAUGCACUACAUGAUUUUCAAGAUGACAUCAAAAGACUCCUUCCAAUUUGCAAGAAAAUUGACUCAAGAUUGUUGCAAAUGCCCCUUGAGAGUUUUAUUGACAAUUAUGGAAAGGAUGUAGGAUGGACUGGCUGUGAAAAUAAACUAAUGGAAUGCUUUGAAUUUAUCAAGUCUGGGGACCAUAUCUUGCUACUGACCGCCAUGUUGUUGAUCACUUCAUCUCUUGAGCAUUGCAUGGGUGAUGUUUAUUUAAUGCACAGUAAAGAUUCACAAUGCCCAAAGCACCUGAAAGAUUUGUUGUAUAAAAAAGAGCUAGAGGAAGUGUUUAAUGAAGAUGUGAUGCAAUGCCUUCGCAUGUUGAUAGGCCCACCUGGGAGCUUGAACUUGCGGAAUGUUUUGUGGCAUGGAUUUGUGGUGCCAACUGAGAUUCCACGCAAGUAUGCCAUAACUCUUCUUUACCUUGUUGUGCUGAUGGGAAGAACCUUAAGAGAGAGUUGUGCCAUCACUUUAGGCUCAGCUCCACGCCCAUUGAUACUCUUCCCAAAGGAGUCGUUGCUUUAUGAGGUUUUUCCUUCUCUUUCUGCUAAAGAGUUAACUCCCAUCAAGUGCUUGGUCUCAGGGAGUGCUUUUGUCUCAUCAAAUAUGACUUCUAUAUGGAUAAAGGCAUUGGAAUUCUUCGAACAUCAAAGAUUUGAAUUGAUGGUCACCCUGUUGCUUCCUCAGCUGGAACACGCCUUGCGUCAAGUGUUUGCUUGUGUGAACAACUGCACUUACAGAGCACUUACAGCAGACAGCGCUACACUCUACACUACAUUUGAUGAGAUUUUAGCGGAGACUCUACCAGACGGGACGACUAACUCUCUUCGAAGUGCAGCUGGUGACACGUACAUGGACAUUCUGUUGGACAUGCUGGUCUAUCCGGACGGACCACGUGUCCGGGAUCGCGUAAGUCAUGGUGAAGCUAGUCUGACCGACUUCCCUCAGCUUCUUGCUAACCAUGUCCUGUGUGUCUGUGUGGCGUUCGCCAUACGCUUUUACAAGAAAGUCAAGGGUAGUAAAGCUAUUGAUGAUAAUGAUUUGAAGUCUGGAGGUAGCAAAGUUACUAGUAUGAGGAAAUGCGAUGGGUUUCAGUGGAAUGAAAACACUGGUAGGGAGCAAGAGCAUCGCACUUGUGCUUCUGAGCAUGUGCAGCAACCACAGGGGAACCCACCACCUUGUCAUCGUCAACAGCAACAGGAAACACAACAACAUAUAACAAUUGGUACGUCGCAGUCAAAGAAUUCAGGAUAUGAAGACGAAACUGCGACAGUAUAUCCAUGUUAUUUAAGUAUUGUAGACAGACAAUCUUCAAAAGAGACUCAAAGCGGUCUGCUUGACAAUCUUAGUAACGGAGUCAUUGGUACAAUUUUAGAUGCUGCAGAAAAAUAUGAAUCGAUUUUCCACCCAAUACAGGCACUGAAAAGGCGCAUCAAAAAGUUCCUACAAUUUUUUGAGAAAUUUGAGAAUAUUCCUAUCCCAGAAGAUGAGGAUUUUGAUAAUGGCUCUUUUGUUACCGAGUCAGCAGAUUCCCCGAGUGUUCUCCGAUUGUGGCUCGACUUGCACAGAGUCGGUUCCGGGUACUCUUCGGCCAUCACCCGACAAGUCUCGAAUGCUUCCCGAGUGUCACUUAACUCAAUAAGCGAUGCCCUUGCAGCACCUUUGGAGAAGUCAUGUACAGAUCUAUAUGACUCAAUAGUUUCAGCGGCUUUAGUUGGUAGAGUAACUACCCUGUACAGGACUCGCCCAGAGCUUGAAAUCGUCUCCUUGUUCUGUUCUAUCAUUGAUCGCUGCCUCGCAACUGCAGAACAGGUCCUGGCAGCCGUCAAACAGCGCCACGCACAGUGGAUAAACAAGGAACUGCACUCGCGACAAAGAGCCAACUACAAGCGCUUGCGUGCCCAUCUCCCCUUCAUCCGGGACACACUGAAGCUAACAGUUGGCGUGGUCGCGCAACAUUUGGCUGAUCUUACCUUAAAGGCGUUGCCUGGCAACAGGAAGCAAUACAUCAAGUCUUUAAAGCGAAUUCAACAGUGUUCACAGAACAUGGAAUCGCUGAGUGGUCCCAGUAAAAAUAGAUGGGACGAGUGCCGAGAUGUGGCGAAAAGAUUGGCGGAUGUCAUCGCUAAACAGUUCGUGUAGGCGAACGGGCCCCGAGAAAAACCCGAUGGGACGAGGGCCGAGAUGUGGCGAAACGAUUGGCGGAUGUCAUCGCUAAAUAGUUCGUGUAGGCAAACGGGCCCCGAGAAAAGAAACCCGAUGGGAUGAGUAAGAUUGGUGGAUGUCAUCGCUAAACAGUUCGUGUCAGCGUGUCGGCGAACGGGCCUUUAAUAAAAACGAUGGGAGUGCCGAACUUUUGAGAUCUUCCUAAAAUUUUAUCCUCAACAGUUCGUGUAAACGAGCGGGCUUCUCUGAGCAGUUCGUGUAGACUGAGCUGGCUUCCCUAAACGGUUCGUGUAAACGAGCGGGCUUCCAUUUCUCCAUUUCGCAGUCGAGACGGCCGUUAGACCGCUAACCAAUGAAAAAGCGCCGGAAAUCACCGGCCCCCGAAAAAGUAGACAAGAGAUUCAAACGCACACACGCACUAAAAA